AUGCCCGCGCCAACUGCUCUCCAAAGAGCACCCGAGGCCGUCGCAGAGGAGACCCUCCACGAUGCGCCACAGACGGCUGUAGACGACGAGAUGAUCCUCACCACCACCACUGGCGCGGAGGAUGCUCCCCUCGAAGAAGCCUCUAACAUGGAAGUGGACGCCGACUCCACUACCCUCUUUGCUCCCGAAGCUCCCUCUCGAUCUGCCCAACGUGCCGAGGAGCGCAAAGUCCGCGUCCCACCCCACCGCAYGUCCCCUCUCAAAAACAGCUGGCCAAAGAUCUACCCACCUCUCGUCGAGCAUCUCAAGCUACAAGUCCGCAUGAAUAUUGCCAAGAAGGCUGUUGAACUACGCACAUCACCUCACACCACCGAUACUGGAGCGAUUCAGAAGGGAGCAGAUUUCAUUCAGGCUUUCUGCUUGGGCUUUGAUCUCGACGACGCUAUUGCUCUGCUGAGAUUAGACGACCUGUACAUUCAGAGCUUCGAGGUCAAGGACGUCAAGACGCUGCAGGGCGAGCAUCUCAGCAGAGCCAUUGGUCGGAUAGCGGGAAAGGACGGAAAGACCAAGUUUGCGAUCGAGAACGCAAGUCGCACAAGAAUUGUGCUGGCAGAUCAGAAAGUGCACAUUCUGGGCGGCUUCAAGAAUAUUCAUGUUGCAAGAGAGGCCGUUGUGAGCUUGAUCUUGGGAAGCCCACCUGGCAAGGUCUACGGCAACUUGAGGACUGUUGCUGGACGUAUGAAGGAGAGAUUUUAA